GUGCUCGCCAGAUCCGGAGCAGCUCGAGACGACGGCCAUCUUGUUUCGUGCCCGCGAAGAUAACCAAGAUGCGUUCCAAGAGAAGCUGCAAGAGAUCGAGGCAAUCUUUGGCGACGAGGAGUUGGCAAGACAGCUUCGCUUGCUCGAAGAAUUUACCGAGAAGGCCCGCGGUUCGGCAGAAGCGACGAGAUCCUCGCCCGUCAUUCCCGGGGCAAGUCCGGAAGAGGCGGCAGCCGCAUCGGCUGCACCGGCCGAGUCUCCGCGCUGGGCUCUGACGAUCAAGCCGCAGUGGUGCCGGAAGAUUUUGGAUGGCAGCAAGGUUUGGGAGAUCAAAGGACAGAACUGCAAGAAGCACUUGCGCGAGAGGAUCUGCAUCGCCGAGUCCGGAUCGGGCAAGCUGCUGGGCGAGAUGACGGUUUGCGACAGCUUCAAGAUCACCCGAGAGGACCUCGAGGCCAACCGACAUCUGCACCGAAUCGACGACCUUUCCAUCAUCAAGUACUCCAACAUCUACGCCUGGGUCAUCGAGGAUGUGGAAGCGUGCCAAAAUCCGGACUGUCGCUUCGGCGUGACGAAGCAGAACAUCCGGGGAGUGGCCUAUGCCCGCGACCACGACGGCAUCAGGAUCGUGGCGGCCAACAGAUAA